AUGACAAGAUAUCAACCUUCGUCGACAUUUGAGUUCUAUCACCAGUCACCCUCUACUCUCGAUGCGAAACCUGUAUUUUCCGCCGACGAUGAGAUGAGCGUACUGGAUGAUAAGAUCCUCGAAUCCUCCACUUCAGAUAUCCCCUCCAUGAACGACCCCAGACGGUCAUCCUUUGAUCACACUCCAGAGGAUUUCUCACGAAGAAAUUCAGUUUGGUCAGAAUCCCAAUCGCGGCAUGCCUCUCAAAUGUCUACUCCCCUCUUUGAAUCCGUAAAUCCAUUUGUCCGAGUAGACACAGCACCGUCCGCCAGCUACGGCCAGCCACAAUCAUGGCCUCUUUCCGCUGAUUCUGGUUCAUGUACACCUACCCCAAUCUACGAACAAUUCCCCCACGACUACGAUGGGAAUUCCAGCAACCCCUUUGCUGGUGGUGCAGUUGGUCCCGUUAACCCCACUUCCUUCUCUCAUAUUCCAUAUCGACCUGGAUCGACUUUCCCUGGGUCUACUGCUACCCCCAUGUCUCCUCAGUCCAGUCAAGGCUGGGUAUCCGGGACAUCUGAGGCUGCUGAGGCACGCGCAAAACCACUUGACUCCCGCCAGCGGAAAAAGGUGCAUACUGAACAGCUCGAGGAAGACAAGAAACGGUCCUCCUCUCUUAUCAAUGAGCUCGAGGAAGCCCUUCGGGAGAUGAAACUCCGGGAGGCAGAGUACCAUCGGGAAAAAGCGGAAUUGUUUGAACGUGAGCAGCACCUGCGCGGGUACAUCGACCAACUCCACAUAGAAAAAGAAGAAAUGAUUCGGUCACACACUCUAGAAACCGGUGAACUUCGCAAGAAAAACGCAAUUCUUCGAGAACACCUGGAGAAAGUAGAGCUUAAUGCCCAACCGGCCCCGAACUCGACAUUCCGCAACGACUUCUCCGAUUAUGAGAACAUCACAAUGGAGAAUGCUCCUUGGGAUGACUUCUCGAUGGUGAACGAGUUCUCGCUUGGUACCGAAAACCAUGGCCUCAUUAGUACACCUACACCUGUGUCUGACAAUUCGAUACUUGUGAAUUCUAAAAAGGCCGAGAAAUCUUCGGAUAAGCCCCCGGGCCAUACCGAUUCCUCGCCCUUCAGCUGGAACACAUUUUACAUGUGUUUGCUUUUUGGUGCAUUUAUUGCAUCGAACAGCAGCACAGUCUCCCCUGCCAUUCCACCUCUAUCAGAGGAAUACCGUGUGGAAUCGGCAAAUGUCUUGAGGGCUGUCCUCGCAUCCGCUGAUUCGACCGAUGCUGCUAAUUCCCUCAAUCCUGGGGCUAUUCCAGGCCCGUCCACUUCUGCCACUAUCAACCUUCCCACCACCAUUUCAGGUGCGGAAAUGGCACAGAUCACUUCCGGCGGAGUAUCCUCUACAACAAAUCUCGAUGAUUUGCAUCGCAACCUUGUCGCGCCUACUAAGCAGCAAGAGGAAGAACAAAUAUUUUCUCUCACCACUGAAAGGUAUAGGUCUCUUACCACCUUGGAAGAUGAUGGAGGUGAUUUUAAACCUCCGCCGUCGAAUUUCCAGCAAGCCUACGCCAGCAUGCGCAAUGCCGGCAUGCAGCAUACCAAAAGUGCUCCUGACAUCUAUUCACGCUCUUUAUUAUGGGACAGGGUGCCAGAAAAGGUGGUUCGAGAUUUCAGGAGGAUGGUGAAGGAAUGUAGUGCUUCUACUUCUGUCAAAGAUGAACAAAUCGGAGCUGCUUCAACGGACUUAUCGUACGAUGACUUUGAGCAUCCUACUCCGCUUGACGCGAUCAGCAACAAUUCCAUUUGUGUGACGAAUAUCUCCUCCUUAGGUCGACUGUGUUUUUACUGUGGCGGGUUCAUGAACAGCAUUUACAAGCAGGCCUUACGUUUGAUUUUUAUUGUCUUUUUAUCCAUCCUCUUCGGGAUUCUCUUUAGCAAAACGGGCAAAAAAGGUUAG